UGAGACCUUCAUGAGAAAAGUACCUAUCACACCAGGAUACAGCGGCUCCCGAGAACUGUGGACACCCCUGUAACUGACCCUCUCUCAGUGGGCCAUCAGUCUUCAUAUAUAGCUAUUUUCAGAAGGGGCUAUGCUUGAAAACAUUCCAAGGCUUCCCAGGCUCACCCCUGGUCCUACUAAGCUAGGCUUCAUACCAUGGCUCAGCUGCCAGGGAACCACCAGCGAGGACGACAUGAAUCACUGUGUGAGAGCCUUCCAGGAGAAAACGCAGAGGUACAAGGAGCAGCAGCAAGAAUUGAACUGUUCUGUGGCUAGCCUCCGGACCCUGAAGCCCAUCUGCUCCGAGGACACCGUCCUGUGGACGCUGCAUGAGUAUGCCAAGAAGUAUCACCCCCUGACUCUGGAAUGCAAGAACGUGAAAAAGCCGCUCCACGAGCCCCCCAUCCCCGGCUGGGCAGGCUACCUGCCCAGAGCCAGGGUCACUGAACUUGGCUGUGCCACAAGGUAUACCAUCAUGGCCCAAAAGUGCUACAAGGACUUCCUGGAUCUGGUGGAGCAGUCCAAGAGGGCCCAGCAGAAGCCCUACGAGCAAAUAUAUGGUGCGAGACCUGCACAGCCUCCUGACCCUUCUCCAAAAGUCUCGCAGCUCCAAGGUCUCCCACCCGAAUACCCAGAAUCCUCUGUGCCGGACCAAACACCCCCAAGGGAGGACCCCGGAGCUCCCGGAACCUGUGGCUGUGCUCAGUGGUCCAGUCUGUCGUGCAGCAGGAAUGUGUAUGGAGAGCCACCCUCCCCAGCAAAGAAAUUUUCAGAGGGCUAGAAUCAGGUGCCCUCCCAAAGAGAUGUGAGCCUCAAGGGACUUCAGAAGCCUACUGCACUCGCCCUGCCCACUCGUGGGCAAUGAGGAGAUUAAAUAAGAAUUGUUUAACUGCUA